AUGGCUGAGGAGAAGCACCACCACCUUUUCCACCAUGAAGAUAAAUCUGGUUAUGUUGAAGAGGUUGACUAUAGAAAAGAGGAGAAGCACCACAAACAUCUUGAGCACCUUGGUGAGCUUGGAACUGCAGCUGCUGGUGUCUAUGCCUUGCACGAGAAGCAUGAGUCAAAGAAAGACCCUGAACAUGCUCACAAGCACAAGAUAGAGGAGGAGAUUGCGGCGGCAGCCGCCGUGGGAUCCGGUGGUUUUACCUACCACGAACAUCAUGAGAAAAAAGAAACUAAGAAAGAAGAUGAAGAAGCUCAUGGCAAGAAGCACCACCAUAUCUUUUGA